CCAGGCCCGGCCCGACCCGCCGAGCCCGCGAUGCGCCCCGGGGCCGCCCCCCGGCGCAGCUGACGCCGCGGCCCGCGGAGACCCCAACCGGCCGGCCCCGCGCGAGCGGCCGCCGCCGGCCCAGGCCACGAUGGCGGGGAAGGCGGCCGCCCCGGGCACCGCGGUGCUUUUGGUCACGGCCAACGUGGGCUCCCUCUUCGACGACCCAGAAACUCUGCAGAAGAACUGGCUUCGGGAGUUUUAUCAGGUCGUGCACACGCACAAGCCGCACUUCAUGGCGCUGCACUGCCAGGAGUUUGGAGGGAAGAACUACGAGGCCUCCAUGUCCCACGUGGACAAGUUCGUCAAAGAGCUGCUGUCCAGUGAUGCCAUGAAGGAGUACAGCCGUGCCCGCGUGUACCUGGAUGAGAACUUCAGGUCCCAGGAGCACUUCACGGCAUUAGGAAGCUUUUAUUUUCUUCAUGAAUCCUUAAAAAACAUCUACCAGUUUGACUUUAAAGCCAAGAAGUAUAAAAAAGUCACGGGCAAAGAGAUCUACUCGGACACGCUGGAGAGCACGCCCAUGCUGGAGAAAGAGAAGUUUCCACAGGACUACUUUCCCGAGUGCAAGUGGUCCAGAAAAGGCUUCAUUCGGACACGGUGGUGUGUCGCAGACUGUGCCUUUGACUUGGUCAACAUCCAUCUUUUUCAUGAUGCUUCCAAUCUGGUUGCCUGGGAGACGAGCCCCUCAGUGUACUCGGGGAUCCGGCACAAGGCCCUGGGCUACGUGCUCGACAGAAUCAUCGACCAGCGAUUCGAGAAAGUGUCCUACUUUGUGUUUGGCGAUUUCAACUUCCGGCUGGACUCCAAGUCCGUGGUGGAGACUCUCUGCACGAAGGCCACAAUGCAGACGGUGCGGGCCGCUGACACCAACGAGGUCGUGAAGCUGAUAUUCCGUGAGUCGGACAAUGACCGGAAGGUGAUGCUUCAGCUGGAAAAGAAACUCUUUGACUACUUCAACCAGGAGGUUUUCCACGACAACAACGGCACCGCGCUCUUAGAAUUUGACAAAGAGCUGUCUGUUUUUAAAGACAGACUGUAUGAACUGGACAUCUCGUUCCCUCCCAGCUACCCGUACAGCGAGGAGUCCGGCCAGGGCCAGCGGUACAUGAACACCCGAUGCCCCGCGUGGUGCGACCGCGUCCUCAUGUCCCCGUCUGCCAGGGAGCUGAUUCUGAAGUCGGAGAGCGAGGAGAAGGUUGUCACCUACGACCACAUCGGGCCCAACGUCUGCAUGGGAGACCACAAGCCCGUGUUCCUGGCCUUCCGCAUCGCGCCCGGGGCAGGUAAACCUCACGCCCAUGUGCACAAGUGUUGUGUCGUGCAGUGACGUGUGGGAAGCGAUGCCAGCGACACCAGAGGGCCCUUCGCGAGACCCCCCUGUAGCGCGAAGAGCCGUGGAAGUCCCGUCCAUUGAAACCCGUCCUCCUGACAGCUGCGCCGGCAAACCCGCCCGCGCACCACCCGCUAGACGGCCGGCCCCACACUUCGCUUCAGCCUCCGGACUGUUCCGGAACAGCCUCACAUACCUCACUGUCUUGUCGUUCAUGUGACAUUAAGUAGAAACAUUGGGUUUUUGUAACAAGUCACCGUCCUGUUGCCAAACUCCAUAGACCGGAGAGGGAGUCUGAGAGUUCAGAGUUUCCAUUUCUAAUCACUGUCAGCGUGGGAAGAGCUUCUCUGGCGUGGGAACCCCACAGGUGUCCCACGUCCCCUCUGCCAGCCGGAGGAGUGCCUGGGGCUGAGGUG